AUGCAGAACGACGAAGGAAGAAUCGUGGAUCUGUACAUCCCGCGCAAGUGCUCUGCCACCGGCCGCCUGAUCCCCGCGAAGGAGCACGGCGCCGUCCAGAUCAACGUUGGCCAGGUUGACGAACACGGCCGAUACACCGGCGAGUACCACGCGAUGGCAAUCAGCGGUGCGGUGCGUCAGAGAGGCGAGAGCGACGCUUGCCUGAACCGCCUCAUGCACGAGAAAGGACUGCUCUCUUUCGCCAAGUAG